UUGAUGGAAUAUUGUCCUAAUUAUUCACUAUGUCUGUGCAUAUUCAAUCUUCUGUUUAUACUGGAAUUGCAGUUGAAUCCAUGAAUUUCUUUGUGCUUUUAGCAAAUUUUACUCGACUGAAACUGACUUUUUACUGCUUGAAAUUGCAGGACAUAAAUUUGAACAAAAAUGUGAAUGAGAAACAAAGACUCUCAACAGAGUCAUCACGGGCCUCUUUCUCGUUGACUUGUUCAUCUUCCUUAUCAUCACUAGAGUGUAACAGAACAGCACAACCAGGAACCUCUUCCUUUGACAGAAUCAUUUUUCCUGAAACUCCCCCAAAGGAUCCAGUAACUAACCACUCAAGUACCUCCCCUAGAUUUGGAAGGCAGUCCCUUGAUCUCCGGGAUGUGGUAAAGGACUCUAUGCAUAGGGAAGCAAAAAGUAUCUUCGUUGUUACUGAUUUAAUAUGCUUAUUAAGGAAGCUAACAAGCGUAGCAACAAUUGGCUACCACCUUCUUGGGCUAUUCUUGCCUUGGUUGUCCUCGGAUUUAAUGAAUUCAGAAAUCAUGACAGUCUUAAGAAAUCCUUUGUAUCUGCUGGUCAUCUUUGUUGGCUUUUUACCCUUUAAAGCACUAUGGGUGCAGCUAGACAUCUUGGCCGAAUUCCGCAAUGGCGCUCCAAGUCCAUUUUUCACUGAGCAGUUGACUGCUUUUGAGGUAUGGCCUGACCACGGGUCUGAACACAAGAAAUCACCAGAUCAGUUGCCUAUUGUUCUUCAGGGAAGGAAGGGAAUUUGGCUUAAGCUACUGGUAGAACGAGCUGAGCUUGUUCCAGUUGCUGUUGAGUUGCCUGCAGAGAGGUUGCAGGGAGAGACAGCGGUAGCAGCUAUGGGUUGCAGGGAGAGACAGUGA